AUGUGCCGCAGCACAAUUACUAUCAGCCAGCCAACGUUGAUUCCCACCUCAAAUUUUUUCGAAGCCAGCCUCAUCCGCCGCCGGGAAUUGGUUCGGCGUAUGUGCCGCAGCCAGUGGCCGUUCAAUUCAACAUCAAAAGCUUUCAAUUUUCCCUCACUCUGCAACCGAAGAAAUUCACCAGUUCUUGGAAUUUUCAGGUCCCGUUGUCUGUUCCAUCUUCGAACCUUUUUCCCUUUAACCAUGGCGACCAGAUUGCAGUACGAGAACAAUUGUGAGAUUGGGGUUUUCUCCAAGCUCACCAAUGCCUAUUGCCUUGUUGCAAUUGGGGGCUCCGAGAACUUCUACAGCACGUUCGAGGCUGAGUUGGCUCAUGUAAUUCCAGUGGUUAAAACGUCGAUUUCUGGCACUAGAAUCAUUGGACGCCUCUGUGCCGGAAACAAAAAUGGGUUGCUUUUGCCCCACAACACUACCGAUCAAGAGCUUCAACAUCUGAGGAACAGCCUACCAGAUUCAGUAGUCGUUCAGAGAAUUGAUGAGAGGCUAUCUGCACUCGGGAACUGUAUUGCCUGCAAUGAUCAUGUUGCUCUUACCCAUCCUGAUCUUGACAAGGAAACUGAGGAGAUGAUCGCUGAUGUUCUUGGGGUGGAAGUCUUCAGGCAGACUGUGGCUGGCAAUAUACUUGUUGGAAGUUACUGUGCCUUUUCCAACAGAGGUGGCUUGGUCCAUCCUCACACCUCGAUAGAGGAUCUAGACGAGCUCUCGACCCUCCUUCAGGUCCCAUUGGUUGCUGGGACUGUGAACCGUGGCAGUGAGGUCAUAGCUGCUGGACUUACGGUCAACGACUGGACGGCCUUCUGUGGGUCUGACACCACUGCCACCGAGCUGUCUGUUAUUGAGAGCGUUUUCAAGCUGAGAGAGGCUCAACCGAGUGCCAUUGUCAACGAGAUGAGGAAUUCUCUCAUUGAUAGCUAUAUUUGA